AUGAGCAUCCCCAUCCAUACCACACCCCCUGAUGCCAGGACGAGCUACAUCAUCGACCAGCUCGAGGGCGAGCGCAUCACCAUCCCCGGCAGCAAGGGUGUCUUCCGCAUCCUCGCCUCUUCAAAACAGACAAAUGGCGGCAUCGCCGUCUUCUCGAGUGGUGCCGUCUUGUCAGAUGCCCCCGGCUUCCACUGGCAUGCCGAGGCCCACGACGUCUUCCUCGUGACCAAGGGUUACCUGAAGCUAUGGAACGGCGACAAGUGCCGCAUCAUGGGCCCCGGCGACUUCGCCUACGUCCCCCCUAAAGUCGUCCACAACCCCGAACUCCUGGGACCCCAUACCGAGACCCUGGGCCUCGUCGCGCCGGGCGACUGGAUCGACUUCUUCCGCUACGUCGGCGAGCAGUACCAAGGGCUCAUCGUGCCGGAACACGACGACCGCGACCUCAAGAGCCUGCUGAUCCCCAAGGUCAUGGCCGCCAAGGACCGCUUCGACGUGCACUUUGAGCGCAACUACGCGCCACCCGAGGUCGCCGACUGGCAGGACUCGGAGAACGUCCUCCCGGCGCCCCUGGAGCCCUACUUCCUCCGCGCCAACACGGGGCCCAGGUACAUCCUCGGCGGCGUGCUCUCGCGGCCCUUCAUCAACGCCUCGCAGUGCGGCGGCAAGUUCUCCAUCACGAGCAUCGAGUCGUCGAAGCUGUACAAGGACUCGCCCCUGGCGAGGUGGCUGACGUUCCCGACGGUGGACCACUGCUUCUGCGUGCAGGAGGGCGUGUUGAGGGUCAAGCUCAGGGAGUCGGGCGCGUGGACCGAGGUCAGGGAGGGCCAGACCCUGCUGGUCUCGGCCGGCCAGGCGUUCACGCUCGGAUACGGCAGCCGUUUCGUGAGGGCCAUCGUGUUCACCAACGGACCGGGCAUCGAGGCCUUGAUCCAGAACGCCGGCCAGCCGCUUUCAAGUUUUGUCCUGCCGGAAGAAAGCGUUGCGUGGGAAGAAGACAAGGUCAAGCGGGCGAGUGAGGCCUUGGGCGUCGUGACUGAAGCGUUGUAG